CUCCCAAAUCUACAUUGCCAGCGAGCGCUGACACAUCGCGCUGUCUCAAGCACGUUGCAAACUCCUCCUCCUGUAACCUACGGGUAUUGGAAGAAGAGGAAUUGUGGAAAGAAAAGGAAGAGGUGUGGGCGCCCGAAACGCUUUAGCGGCCCACGGCUCUAAGCUUGAAUAGGGAAAGCGCGAAGAAAGUAAAGCAAAUCCGACCGCGGGCCGGAGAGAACAUCCAGCCGCCACGCUACGGCUUUUUGAGCGAAGCUGACCUCCCAGUACUCCUCAAAGUGCCACGACAUCAAGAAAGCAAAGCAUUCAUUUCCCACGAGCCGCAGUAGUUUCCCUGAAAUAAUACUAGGCACAAUUGAAGAAGUAUUUGUGGCAGCCAUAGAUUGCUUCACAAACUGAAAUUUAAAGAACUUGGACCUUAAAUUUCUUCAGGAAUAACCAGGAUUUAAAGGCUUCCGUGGAUAAUCUAAGAAAUAUACUGCUGUUCUGAAAAAUACCUUGAAGUGUGAAGUUUUCCCUCUCUUUUUCUCAUAAGAAAUAGCAAAGAAUUUUAGUAACCAUGGAGUUUGUUGUUGAUUUUAACAUAACAGGUUAAUUUUAAUAUUGAAAAUAUUGACUCAUUUGUUUUUUACUAUUGUUUGAAUGAACAAACAUUUAAAAAUGGAUAAAUAUGAUGACCUUGGUUUAGAGGCAAGUAAAUUUAUAGAAGACCUCAAUAUGUAUGAAGCUUCCAAAGAUGGUCUCUUUCGAGUAGACAAAGCUGUUGAGAAUAACCCAGAAUUUGAAGAAACCAGAAGAGUUUUUGCUACAAAAAUGGCUAAAAUUCACCUGCAGAAACAACAAGAACAAGAGGAAUUGAUGAAAGGAGCCUCAGUGGAUUUGAAUGGUGGAUUUAAUUUUGGUGAUCCGCUUCCAAAUUAUUCUGUAGUCAAAGACACCACAGGAACAAAUAAAUUGCAACCACGGGAAAAUAUUGCUAAGCCCCCUUUGGCUGCAUCAUCAACAGUAUGUGCAGGUCAUCAGCUUGCUUUUCCAAGCCAGUCUCUAUGUCACAGUGAUGAAGAGCGAACAAAAAUAUAUCAAGAUGACUAUGGAUAUAGCAACAGUCUACAGGGUCCAGAUAUUCCUGGAGGACCAAAUUGCCACAGAUCAGGUCAGAUGAAUCCAGGUGGUUCUAAGGCAGUGCUUCCUUCCCCAUCAUGGAAUGAACACAGCAAUGGUGAUAAUCAAACAGGUGUUCAAAGAAGGAGGAAAAGUGCUGGUAAGUUUAGCAGCCAAAAAUCAAAUAUCGGCUUUCAUUUUUGGUCAAACAGCCAAGAUGAAUCAUUGCAGAAAAGCCCUAGAAAACAUCAUGCAGAUCUUCAUCUAUACCAACAAUCCCAUAGUCCUUACAGAUCUUCAGAAAGUGGAAGUCAGGGAAGUGGAAAUGAAAGCUCUGGACUUAGUAAGAGCUGUAUCCAAAACCUAGCUUGCCAGAGACCAUCUUUGAUCUCUGACAGUAUCCUCUUGUCUUCUUCAGUUGGGGUUGGUGAUGAAUCAGCCAUGAGAUAUUCACAGCAGAAAUCUUCAUCAUAUUCUGUUUCAUCAAUACAUUCUUCUCAGAUUCUUUCAAAUCGGUCUGUUAAUUUUCAUCCAAAUAGAAGCAGUAGUGACAACCACUUAUGGUGCAGUGAUAGCACUCAACCUUCAAUUUCUAUCCCAGUUCCUCCAAGUGCAGAUUAUCAGCAGCACAAUAUUUAUCCAUACACUUCAGGUCAUUUUGUAGUUCAUGGUCAAAAUUACAGGCUUAAUUCUGCUGGUUCUGGUCGGAGUUUUGAGCAGAAUUCUAUCAUUGCAACAUCUCAUGGACCAAUGAUUUCUGAUGUUCCCAUAUCUCCUUUUAAGGAGAGUGUCAUUGUUCAGCAGCAUGACUCUGGUCCCCAAGAAUUGUCUGGUUCUGCAAAAAUAAAAUUACCCUGUCAGAUGCUCCUUUCACAGCAAGACCAAGGGCGCUCUACUGCUGAAUUAAAAUUAGAAGCUCUUACUCAGCGCCUGGAGCAGGAGAUGGAUGCAUGUCCCAAGGCUGACUACUUUGGAACCUGCGUGAAAUGCAACAAAGGUGUAUAUGGUGCAAAUCAGGCCUGCCAGGCAAUGGGGAAUCUCUACCAUGAUGGAUGCUUCACCUGUGGAGCAUGUAGCCGAAAAUUGAGAGGGAAGGCCUUUUACUUUGUUAAUGGGAAGGUGUUUUGUGAAGAAGACUUUCUAUAUUCAGGCUUUCAGCAGUCAGCUGACCGAUGCUACAUAUGUGGUCAUUUGAUUAUGGAUAUGAUUUUGCAAGCAUUGGGGAAGUCAUACCAUCCAGGCUGCUUCCGUUGUGUGAUUUGUAAUGAAUGUCUUGAUGGAGUGCCAUUCACAAUAGACAGUGAGAACAAAAUCUACUGUGUCCGAGAUUACCACAAAGUUUUGGCACCAAAAUGUGCAGCUUGUGGCCUUCCUAUUUUGCCAACUGAAGGCUCUGAUGAGACUAUCCGUGUGGUAUCAAUGGACAAGGAUUACCACAUAGAGUGUUACCGCUGUGAGGACUGUGGAAUGGAACUCAAUGAUGAAGAUAGUCAUCGUUGCUACCCAUUAGAUGAACAUUUGCUUUGCCAUUCUUGCCAUCUUAAGCACAUAGAAAAAGGCACUACCCCUGUUGCUUCCUAUUGGCAUCACUAUUAGCCAGCUAAUAGUGCUAAAGUUUCCAGAAUCCUGUCAAAGGAAUCAGUAAUUUUGGGGAGGAGUUGGUGGUGAAAUGUAAAAUUUGUUACUACCGGUUCUGUGGGCAUGGCUUGGUGGGGCGUAAUAUGACUGGGUGGGCGUGGCCGAAGAGGUUGUAAAAAAUGCUUUUAAAAGCCUCUGACGAUCCCAGCUGAGCCACGCGAUCAUUGGAGGCUUUUUUUUUACUUUUAAAAGCAUUUUUUUGGCCAAAGAAAAAAUGCUUUUAAAAAUAAAAACAAAAACCUGAUGAUCACAUGGCUCAGCUGGGCAUGGGGGCCCAGGGAUUUUUUCUCCGAACCACCCAGCACCAUUGCCACCGAAUUGGGAGAUCCGGUCCGAACCGGGAGCAUUUCACCCUGAGCAGUUGUAUCCAUAUGGGAGUGAAGAUCUUUUAUCUGCAUAGGAGACAGACAGAAUACAUAUGGUAUUAUCCAGGGUACUUUGUAGUUUCUUUGCCCUUAGACUGAAAAAGCGGGGAAGGGAUAUUUAGGUCAUUUGAAGAAAAAACGUUAGAAGCAAAUAUGAUACAGCUUUCCAAACUGUAGGUCUUCAGAUCUGUACAUAUAUGUCAGUUAUAGUUCCUACUGUAAUUUGUGGAAAUAAAUGUUUCAUGAGUUGGUCCAGAGUUCUAAGAAUACAUUAAUGGGUUCCCUUAGUGAGCUUAGUAUCACAAAGUUACAUUUUUGUUUAGUGCAGGUUGCCUUCUGCCUCCACCUUUAAAUUUGAUCCUGAUUUCUAAAAUUGCAGAUAUUUUGAAAACAGUUGAUCUGGUAUUUUCUCCAUUUCAGUUAAACUCCAGCCUUUCUACAUAAUGUCAAAAAUGAGACAUUAUGUAUAGAUGUAUGAAAUACAAGGUGAUCAAAAUAACCCAAGAGCACAUAUGGAGACAACUGAUAGACAAUUUAUAAAUUUUGAGCACUUGAAACAAUUUGAGAUAUGAACUUUUGAGAGAAUUCUUUUUAGAGAAACGCUGAAAGAGCAAGAAUUAUUUGUACUGAAGGAAGAAAAAAUGUAUGUAUGUAUUCCUUGGACUCUAGGGCCUUAAAUCACAGAUAUUAUGUUUAAUAUGUCUAAUAUUACAUCUUGCAUACUUCUUGUUCCUAAUUCUUAGGAUAAACCUAAGUAGAUAGGUGGUAUUGAUUUUUUGUCCCAGAUGUUUAUCAUUUGAUUAUCGAUAUACUAUUCAACUUUAUUGUGUGCCACUAAACUAACUUCACAUCAUUUCUGGUUUGUAUGUCCAACUUUAGAAAUGGCCUUAGUCUUCAUACAUAAAGUUGAAACCAUUGCAGUAUCACAAAUUCUAGCAUGCUAAGGUGGGCAAACCAUAAGUUAUUGCCAUAUACAAGAUGAUGGAGGUGACAUAAAAAGAGUUUUAUAUGCACUUCAUGGAGUAGAGGAUCCAAGCAACAUUUUAACAAGAAUAUUGAAUCGAUAGUUAUGUUUGUACUUUUAUAUAUAGAAAUUAUACAUCUCAGGUAUACUUUAGGAUCAUUGUCUUGACAAGAUAGAUGGUUGAUUGGCAAGAGGCAUAUUAGUUGGUGACAGUACUUUCCAAUUUGUACAAGCGUAAGUCACCUGCUUGCAGUUUGAAUUCUUUACAGAAGGCUUCUGCAAACAACCUUAUUUGGUUGCUAUCAUUUCAAAUUUAUUUAUAAUUCAGCAUACACCUUUUAAAAAAAAUCCAACAUACACUUUUCUUCAUAACCACAACAGUCAUUCAAUAUAAACAAUUGCAAGGUUUGGAGACUGGUUCAUUUAUAUAGUGGAAAGAAAUAAACAAAACAACAGCCAUCAAAAUAUCUUUUAACCCCAAAAUUCUACAUGUGCAAGCAGAGAGUAGAAGCCUAUUUAUUGAGAAGUGUUUUACAAAUAGUUUUCCCUCCUGUUAAUGCAUCAUCUUAAUUCCACUCCAAGCUUGCCUCAGUGUCUAUAAUGCUUCAAAAUUAGAAUUAAAAUAGACUUGAACAGAACUACCUGAGAUAAGGCAGCCAGACUUACCAAUGAUAUUUCACUCAUAAUCAUUGCAAUCCCGGUUCAAAGAUGGUGUUGCAUGCCUUGCUACUUUUUCCACAAGCCCUCCACUCUAAGUCAAUCACAAUUAUCCCUGCUUCUAUAUUGAUUAGGGUGGAAACAUUAUUUUAAAACAUGAGCCAAUUGCAGCAUUAGAAAUUGCUGGAACACUUAAAACAUUGCAUGAAAUAUUUGGUUUUUUUCAGGUGGGGAUAAAACCUCCAAACACAUGACUACAUACAGAAAUGCAAGAUAAUCUUUUGCAUUUGAAUCUUUUGCAGUAGAAGUACAUAACUGCUUAGAAGCAUAUAAAGCACCGUUAGAUUAGAAUUGCAGAUUUUUCAUUUUCUAGGCCUGGACCAAUUUUAUUUUAGCUUUCAGAUAAACAUACGUUUUCAUGUACUGUUUUCCAUAAAAUAUUAACACUGUACAAUCUUCCAUAGCCUGUGAUCUGAUAAACAAGUCAGGAUAGUCCAUGUGUUUUGACUUAAAUGUUUACAUCAAUUAUUUAAAUUUAUUUUAUAUUUUUUUCUUUCCAAGGGACUGAAUUUAUUUUAUAUCAGCCUUCAUUUAAAGGAGUCUAUAGUAAAAGAAAAGCUCAUCUGCUGGCAUGAAUUUGAUAUGUAAUUGGCUAAUCAGAUAGUGAUAUAAAAUAGUGGUAUUAGCAUAAUGCAUGGCCAUAGAACAACCUGCAAGACAUAGAAAAUAAUACAGUAUGAAUAAUUUUACAAUGUUGACAUUUGAUGAAAGAAGGAAUUUCAUAAUGUAAAGGAUUGCCUAUGUUACUUUUCAUCAUACAUACUUGGAUACCAGUGUACAUAUUGUCUAUUUAAGAUUCAGACACAAAAGAUACUAUUUUUUAAAAAUUGAAGUUUUAUUAUUGUUUAAGUAUAUUAUUUGCAACCUCUUUUAUAAAGCACUGGAAUACAGACAUUCUCCCAACCCCCAAAUUUAAAGAAUUUGAGUU